AUUGUUUUUUUUUAUUAUUUUUUUCAUUUUUAUUUUUACUGGCUGCAAUGGUACAAAGCUUAUUAUAGAAACUACUCAGCACCCAUUUCACGAAAAGUGGACUACUUCAACCUUUGUUGAAUUAACCGCAGGCAAAACAACUCUAACUCUUAUCUACAAAUAACGUAUACACGCGCUUACACAAGCUUUUUAUAUUUAUAUAUACAUAUAUAUAUAUACAUACUUAUAUAUAUAUAUAUAUACAUACUUAUAUAUAUAUAUAUAUAUAUAUAAAUAUAUAUUUCGAAAUGAAUCUCGUAAUAGUAUCCGUGCUUUUGUUAGCCAUGUUGGCAUUUCAGCCGACAUUGAUUUAUGGCACAAAAAGCUUGGCAUCCGCUGGCAAUAGCAGUAACCGCAAUCUAAGAGCCAACAAAUACAGUAAACGACACACUGCCACCGCAGCUCUAUCGUCCUCACAUACACCCACAUUAACAUCAACGGCCAAAUUAGUUUUGUCUCUGGAGUCGGGUAAGAUUUUAGUGCGUCCUGCACGUGGAGCCAAUGCAGAAACUAUAAAUGGUGGCGGCGGAAACGGUGGCGGUGGUAAUAAACGUCAAAAAAAUAAUAAUAAUAAAAAAUUAAAUAAUAAAAAAUCUUCACAUGAGAAUGCAUCACCGACAUCUAUGUUAUCAUCCUCAAUACCAUCAUCAUCAACUGGACGCAAAUCUAGUGAAAGCAUAUACUCAGCCGUGGUUGCAUCAACCGCAGCCAACCAGAAAACUCAAUUUAAUAGUAAUGGCAGCGGUAAUAAUAACAAAGGCAAAACGCGUCAAUUACUAAAAUCACAAAAACAUCAAAAUCAUGGUAAACAUUCGUCAGAUGACAAAGCAAACAAACAUAAUGUUGAAAGAGCUCACAGCGAAAGUGAGAAGGCAUCAACAACUUGCCGUUAUGCCAAGAGCGCCUGGUCUGAUUGCGAUCCCCAAACUAAUUUGCGUACACGUACCUUAACGCUUAAAAAAGGUGACCCGAAUUGUUUGCAAACCAGAACCAUGGAGAAGAAAUGUAAAAAACCGUGUCGUUAUGAAAAAGGCGCCUGGUCUGAAUGCAUUAAUGGUCAAAUGACGCGUGAGGAUAAAUUGAAAUCAACAGGCGGCAAUGAAGGCAGAAACGAUUCCAACUGUGAGACAGUGCGCAGCAUUAACAAGAAAUGCAAUCCCUCGGGUGGAGCAAACAAGCAAAGAAAGGAGCGUAAAAACAAAGGAUCCCGCAAUCGCAACCAGGGCCAGUAGAUGACGUAAUCUUAAAAGCAUCGAGCAUUUCAAGAUUUCAAGAUAAAAUGCAAAUUCAAUCAUCUUUACAAUUUUUAUAUAGAAAUUUUUAAGAAUUAAACGUAACAUUAGUAUAUUAAUUAAACAAAUUGUUCGUG